ACCACACCCUACUUGCACAUCACACCAUUUUCAUCUUCUUCUCCAACCACCCACCAUGUCCAGAAUCACCAUUCUUCCUCUUCCACUUCUAACACUACUACUCCUCAUUGGAGCUGCUCAAAAACCAGCACUGGCACAAAAAUGUGGCUGCGCACCAAACUUGUGCUGCAGCAAAUAUGGGUACUGUGGCUCCACCAGUGCGUACUGUGGUGAAGGGUGCCAACAGGGUCCAUGCCAAGGAGGCGGCGGCGGCGGAGGCGGCGGUGGAGGCUCCGUGGAUGGAACUGUAACUCCGGCAUUCUUUGAUGGUAUAAUCGGUCAGGCUUCGGCCAGCUGUGCCGGGAAAAGGUUUUAUAGUCGGAAUGCUUUUUUAUCUGCUGCGAGACAAUAUCCUCAGUUUGGUGAUACCAAGCGUGAGAUUGCGGCUUUCUUCGCUCAUGUUACUCAUGAGACUGGACAUUUCUGCUACAUAGAAGAAAUCAACGGAGCUUCUCUGAACUACUGCGAUCCCAACAAUAGGCAAUACCCUUGUGCUCCAGGGAAGAAGUACUUCGGACGAGGACCGAUUCAGAUAUCAUGGAACUAUAACUAUGGCGCAGCAGGAGAUGCUCUCCGCCUCAACUUACUGGGUUCGCCGGAGGCGGUGGCUAACGAUCCCGUCGUGUCUUUCAAGACGGCGUUGUGGUUCUGGAUGACGAGCGUCCGACCCGUCAUGAACCAAGGGUUCGGAGCAACCAUUCGGGCCAUCAAUGGCAUGGAAUGUAAUGGUGGAAACUCUGGAGCUGUCGACGCUCGGAUCCGGUACUACCGGGAGUAUUGUAGCAAACUUGGUGUUGAUCCUGGAGCCAAUAUCAGGUGUUAGAUGGUUGACUUUUUGUUUGUAAUAGAAUUAUAAUUAUAACGUCAUGCAUGCUGCUCCUAUCUUCGCAGUUAACCCUAAAUAAAUAAAUAAACAUAUAUAUAUAUAUAUAUGUGGUAGAGAAAUGAGUGAUGGAGCAAUUGUACAUGCAUGUACGAUCAGAAGUACUCUCUUAUAAUUACACCAUCGUGAAUUCUCUA